UCCACCCACUGCGCACGCUCUCUAAAACGAAAUCCACUAACCAUUCUAAAAAAGUCGAUUCAUGGCUUGGGCCCCUUUGUUUAUCCAUUGAAAAUUUACAGUUUUAUCUCAUUUAUUAGUUUAAUUUGGUGUGAGUGAAAAUACUGUCCGCUAUGGAUGACCCGGGACGCAUGAUGGGCCAUGGAGGCGCCGGCCUGAUGCCCCCACAACCUUAUGGAAUGAACCCCCAAGGAGAUACACCAUCAGGAGACAAUGAACCCCGUAAACAGGACAUUGGAGAAAUUCUACAACAAAUCAUGAACAUCACCGACCAGAGUUUGGACGAAGCGCAAGCCAGAAAGCACACCUUGAAUUGCCACAGAAUGAAACCGGCCCUGUUUUCAGUUUUGUGCGAAAUCAAGGAGAAAACUGUACUUUCGUUGAGGAACACUCAAGAGGAGGAACCACCAGAUCCACAGCUGAUGAGGCUUGAUAACAUGUUGAUUGCUGAGGGUGUAGCAGGACCUGAAAAAGGUGGAGGAGCUGGCGCCGCAGCUUCUGGUUCGGCAGCAGCUCAAGCAGGACAACCUGACAAUGCAAUCGAGCACUCAGAUUAUAGGGCAAAGUUGGCUCAGAUCAGGCAAAUUUAUCAUCAGGAGUUAGAGAAAUAUGAACAGGCUUGUAAUGAGUUUACUACACACGUAAUGAAUUUGCUAAGAGAACAGUCAAGAACGAGGCCCAUUACCCCAAAAGAAAUUGAAAGAAUGGUGCAAAUUAUCCAUAAAAAGUUCAGUUCGAUUCAGAUGCAGCUGAAACAGUCUACUUGUGAAGCAGUGAUGAUACUGAGAUCACGAUUUUUGGACGCCCGCCGUAAAAGACGAAAUUUCAGCAAGCAGGCUUCUGAAAUUUUAAACGAAUACUUUUAUUCGCACCUAAGCAAUCCUUACCCUAGUGAAGAGGCCAAGGAGGAAUUGGCGAGGAAAUGUGGUAUCACUGUUAGCCAGGUCUCGAAUUGGUUCGGCAAUAAGAGGAUCAGGUACAAAAAGAACAUAGGCAAGGCGCAGGAGGAGGCCAACCUGUACGCUGCUAAGAAGGCGGCUGGCGCGUCACCGUACUCUGGCACCCCGACUCCGAUGAUGUCGCCAGCGCCGCCCCAGGAUUCCAUGGGCUACUCGAUGGGUUCCGCCUACGACCAGGGCUCAGCGUACGACGCCAGUAGCUGUGGAUCUCUAGACAGCAUGUAUCCGAAACUAGAACAGUAAAAAUAAUCCUUCUUUGGCGGGCCUUCUGUGACGUCUUUAAGAUGAACUUGGGUGUAACUUGUGCGUUUUUAGUUAAUUACGGCUUGAAAUAAAUUUUGUUGGUAGAAGCUUUACCGACAAAAUCAAGUAAACAAUCUUCCCUUUUCAAAAUACGUAUACUAGCUAUUAAUGUAUACCAUGCAAUUGUAUACUAAUACAUUUUAGUAAUAACGGAACGUGCAUUAUUUAGUUUUUUACUUAAUAUUUUGUGGUGUAUUUACCAUGGUUAGAAAAUAAGGAGAUUUUAUUUUUAGCUGUCGGUACACUUUGUUACUGCACAAUUUUAAUGGGCAAAAUGUUCCAUUUUAACUUAAUUGGAUUUCAGUAUUUUCUGUAAAAAUUAUUCAAUUAAUUUUGUUGUGUUUUAAGAUAUAUUUUUUUGAUUCUUUGUAUGUUCUUUUCGUUUUUUUUGUUUGACAUUGAUGCAAUAUUUAAUUUACUUAAACUUAAGGAAGUGCUCAAUAAAAUGAAAAGUCUUGGAUGAAAGUGAAAGGAGCAUAUUCAGAUGAGGAUGAAAGUAUUAUUAAAUUAUUAUUUGUGUGAAAUUUUACCUGCUUCAAGCCCAAUGUUUAAAUUUUUUUUUAAGUUAGAUGUAGGGAAUGAAUUGAGCAGCUUUAAUGUUGUAAUUUUUAACUUUAAAGUAUUUUGUGGUGAAUCCCAGAUAAGAUAUUCACUUAAUUUUUUAUGUAAUUUAUCUGAUUGUCUGUAAUAAUAAAAAUGAUAUCGAAAGUA